AUGGCAUCAUCACAAAAUCCGCUCCAGGGGCUUGUCCUCACGCCGCAGCAGCAGAGCUUGCUGUUUGCGGCUCUCAAUUCGAAUCGCCCUAGCAAUGGCCAGUCAAACAAUGGUUUCAAUCCGGCGCCCCUACAGUACGAUACCUCGCCCGUCCAAGGUGGCGGUAUUUCGAGUUUCCAGAACAGCCCGGAUUUCGAGUACGACUACGACUUUCCCGGCGCCGACUCUUCUGCCUUUGAUGUCUCGUUUGACGACGUCAACCAAGCCAAAAUGAUCGGUGACUUGCCAGGAUCUAAGCGGUCGCUCAAGUCCGACUCGGCGGACGCCGACUCGCCGGAAAAGAGGAGCCAUCCCGAUGACGAAGAGAGUCCCGGUGCCAAAAGGCGGGAGAGUGAGGAGAAGGUCGCCAAGAAGCCCGGGAGGAAGCCGCUCACAACAGAACCAAGCUCGAAACGGAAAGCCCAAAAUCGGGCCGCGCAACGGGCGUUCCGGGAGCGCAAGGAGAAACAUCUGAAAGACUUGGAGGAGAAAGUGCAGGAACUGGAAAAAAUGUCUGAGGCCGCCAACAAUGAAAACGAAAAUCUCCGCGCCAAGGUGGACAAGAUGACGGUUGAGUUGAACGAAUACAAGAAGCGGUUCUCUGCCCUCACGAACGGCCGGCCUUCGCAAGGACCUGCGACGCCCUUUGGCAGUCUAUUUGUCAACAACCUCAAUGAUGUCAACUUCCAGUUCGAGUUUCCCAAGUUCGGCAGCCUGCCGGGCCCCCCUAUCAACAAGAAGGGAUCAGGCUCAUCGUCUCAGGCGUCUCAGGCCUCCAAGUCGUCCAAGUCAUCUAAGAACAGUGUGGAUCACCGGAGCCCGAGUGAGAGCUCACUGGACGGUGUUAGCCCGGGAAAUUCGAGCACCUACAGCCAAGUCGGCCUCGACAGUCAAACCAAGCAAGAUCUAGCCAACAUCUCAGCUAGUCUCUUCACCCCGCCCCUCAGCAACCGUCAAGGGACAGGCAGCUCAUCAGCAAGCAUGGACGCGCAUUAUAAUGUGGGCGGUGCAACCGCCACAAGCUCGCCCUCCGCCUCGUCCAACUCCAACAUGGGUGGCCCCAAUUCUUCCUGCGGAACGUCACCCGAGCCUUUUACUCAAUCUCCGAUGGGUUUUAAGCCCGUUGACACAUUGAGCACCAUUGGGGAAGAGCAUCCGAACUACUCAAACAACAAUCAGUCGAAUGAUUUCGGCCAUUUCACGGGACCUGGCCUGGAUGAUUUCUCUCAGUGGCUGCCCCAGAAUGACUUCCAAUUUGACCCCCAGGUUUUCGGCGGCUACCGCGACACACAAGACAACAUCUUCGGGCAGAAUCUCGACGACACUUUCUUUAAUGAAGCGUUGGAUAUUGACUUCCUCACGCCAUUCAAUCAACCGAUACAGGCUCAACCUGCCGGGAAGAAGGAUCUGAUCGCCCAGAUCGACGCUGCUAAGGACUCGGACGAAACGCCCGUGGUGCUGAAAUGCGAGGAGGUUUGGAAGAAGAUCAAGAACUGCCCCAAGGCUCAGGACGGCGAUUUCGAUUUGGAUGGUCUUUGUGCCGACUUGCAAAAGAAGGCCAAGUGCGACGGCGUCGGCCCUGUCGUCAGCGAGACGGAUUUUCAAAAUGCGCUGAAGAAGUACCUGUGCAAUGACGAAGAUGCCGCAGCCAAACUCGACGCAUUGGCAAAGAAAUCGCAAGCCCUAGGUCAAGCUCAACCCCAGAAGCAAGCUUGA